AUGGCGAUUUUAUUGUUCGUUUUUGCUUCGAUUGCUCUUUCUCAAAAUGCCGAUUGCAAAUCACUCACCGGCUGCGCAGAUUGUAAAAACGUUGUAGACACUGCAGACCAAACUGUAAAAGUAGUUUGUAUUAAAUGUUCUGCUGGAUAUCAUUCAACAACUGAUGAAACUGACACAGAACAAGUCACAUGUGCUUCUUGUAAUUCAGACGACCCAGCCGCUUGUGCUGCUUGCUCUGAUGCUAGCACAUGUUCUCAGUGCAGUUCAGGCUCUUAUAAAGACGAAAACAGUAAAUGUAAGUCAUGCACUUCGAAGUGUGCCGCAGACAAGUGUGCCAACGACAAGUGUACCGAGUGUCCUGCUGGUUAUUAUGCACCACCCCCAGCAGAAGGUGCAACAGACAUCAGUUUGAAUUGUGUUGGGUGUAUUGCAGACCCAACAGCUUGCAAGACAUGUUCCAACUCUACACAUUGUGCAGAGUGCUCAGACAUCGCAUACCUCAACACCGCUACAAACACUUGCCAAGUCUGUGACGCCAAUUGUAAAGCAGGUUCAUGUCAGUCAACUGGAAAGUGUGACACUUGUGCUAGUGGGUAUUGGGUUAAUGCUGGUAAGUGUGCCACCUUUGCCCACUGCCCCGCAGAUUCACAAGAUCCAGUUUUGGGCUGCAAAAAGUGUGAUGCAAAUUACUUCCCUUCAGCUGGUGUCUGCACUCGUUGUGAUCUUCAUUGUGAUGCUUUGUCUAUUAAUCAGGAAAGUGGAUGCACCAAAUGUAAUCAGGGAUACUACCCAUCCAAUGGUAUUUGCAAGGCUUGCGAUUCAAAUUGUAAGGCAGCGGGAUGUAACCAAGAGACUGGUGUCUGCACCGACUGCAAGACUGGAUAUUGGCCACGAAAUGGUAUCUGUGCUAUUUGCCAUGAGAAGUGUGCUGAAGACAAGUGUAACACCACGAAAGGGUGUGAAGCCUGUAAAACAAAUUACUUUACGGAGAGUGGGUCUUGUGUGAAAUGUUCACCAUAUUGUGCUGAAGGUAAGUGCGAUGGAUUAACGGGAUGCACUGAAUGUACUGCAGGCUUCUAUUUGUCGGGUGAUGGAAGAUGCACAUCAUGCCCUGAAUUGUGUGUUGCAGAUAAGUGUGACCAGGUCAAGGGAUGUACGGAAUGCCAAAAGCCAUUUGAACUCCAAACAGUCAAUGGAUUUGGUAUGUGCCAAGGAGCUAAGGAUAUCCUCAUUGCUAUUGUCGCUUUUUGCAUCGUUGCUUUGAUCUAA